UCUCAGCUCAAUUCUCGUUCAAUAAAUCGAUUGAUUUACUCUUUAUUUAAAAAAAAUGCAAAAUCGUGUCUUUGCGUUUAUAGUUUCCUUGUGCUUUCUUCCUCUGCUGCCGAUCAACGAGGCAUCUGCGGAGAUCGAAAAUGUGUCAGACGAAUCUACAAAGUACGAGAAAUCGAUUUUUCAAGGAAAUGAUGAAAAUAAUGGAGAAUCAUCGAACGAAACGUGGAAUAAUUUAUCAGAGGCAACGGGGCUGAACGAAGAUAGAAGCAAUCGUGACAAGGGUGAGGAAGAAAAGGAAAACAUCCUGACAAGCGUCGAUGAUGAUAAUUAUGAAGCACGAUGUAAGGAAGAAAUCGCGGUUUCCCAUCUAUCUGGUAGAGUUGAUGGAAAAUAUACGAGAUAUCCCAAUUCACGGGUCCAUCAAGUUCGGUGCUCGGAUUACGUGUUGACGGAGGAAAGAUUGAAAGAGAUCAGAUCAGAGUUCGUGUACUGGUUCUUCGAGGACGAUUAUCUGGAGGAAAUCCAAGCCUGGACACCUCAAACGACCAAGAAUUUCAGUUUUCAACUGCCCUUCUUCGGAUUCAGAUUCAAUUACACCAGAGUAUCGGUGAACGGUUACUUAGAGUUCACCGACCCUCCAGAACGUUACACGUACCCCCUCGUGUUCCCGGUCAGACGUUGGCCGAAGGAGAACGACCCCAGUUUCAUAGGGAUAUUUUUCAGCAAAUGUCGUAUAGGGAAAAUACGGUCGACGGACAGAGACCGGAGAAAGCCAGGUGUAUACUUUAGGAUCGAACGAGAUUUACGAACGAGGAAAGACCAAUUGGGAGUCGAGAUGCGCGAGCGUCUCAAGUGGGACGUUCGGGAGGGUACGGGGGCGGGGGCCUUCGUGCCGAAACACGCGAUCACCGUCACGUGGAAGAACGUAUCGUUCAUAGGUGGCGUCGACAAUUCUCUUUACACCACCAACACUUUCCAGAUGGUGCUAGCGACCGACGAGGCGAGCACGUACGCGAUGUUCAAUUACGUGGACGUCGAAUGGACCAGUCACACGGAGGCCGGUGGCGACACUGUGCACGGCGAUGGCGGUAUUUCAGCAUUCGUUGGUUUCAACGCCGGAAACGGCACAGGAAGCUACGAGUACGAGCCUUACUCUCAAACGCCGCACAUACGUGAUCUAACCAGAGGAGGAUGGGUAAACGGUUUUCCAGGACGACACAUGUUCAAGAUAGACGAAAAAAUAAUUCCUGCAAUUUGCAGCUAAUUGUAUAUUAUAAAAUUACAAUAAAGAUUUUAAAAGCUGUUUAUGAAUAGAGAAA